AUGACGAACCCGGCCAUCCAGAACGACUUCAGCUACUAUCGCCGAACCAUCAGCCGCAUGAGGAUCAACAACGUGUCUGCCGACCGAGGAAAUGAGGUCAACAACGAGCUGGCCAAUCGGAUGUCUCUGUUUUACGCCAGCGCCACGCCGAUGCUGAAGACGCUAAGUGACGCUACGUCAAAGUUCGUCUCAGACAACCCAGACGUCCCGAUUGAAAACACGACAGACUGUCUGAGUACGAUGGCCUGUGUGUGUAAAGUGAUGCUGGAAACACCGGAGUAUCGCAGUCGUUUCACCAGUGAGGAGACGGUGUUGUUCUGCCUCCGUGUGAUGGUCGGUGUCAUCAUCCUGUACGACCACGUUCACCCGGCCGGAGCCUUCGUUAAGACCUCCAAUAUAGACAUGAAAGGCUGCAUCCGAGUGCUGAAGGAGCAGCCGCCCAGCAGUGUGGAGGGAUUACUCAACGCUCUCAGGUAUACGACCAAACAUCUGAACGAUGAGGCUACCUCCAAGCAGAUCAAAACCUUGUUGCAGCCAAAUUAACUCCAUGCUUCUUCAGCGGAACUGAAACUGGAACGAUACUGGGAAGUAUUUUGGUCCAAAUUUCAAAAGAACUACUGAACAAACCUUUAGCUAAUGUGUCUUUGUUUAACCUCAGUUAUUGUUUUUUUUUUAAACUCAGAUUUUUUGUUGUAAAAUAAAAAGAGAAAAGAAAAGAAAAAGAGCGAAACCUUUUAGUUGGUUGAUCCAAGAGAAGAUGGUGUUAAAACCAGCAGGUGUGCUAGAGCUGCGUUCACGUCAUGUCAGAUUUACAACAAAAGGUGCGUUUGACUUCAUGCUGAACUAAUGUGAUGCAGGCUGGACUUAAAACAAGGCGUGCUGGUUAGGAAUUGUGUCCGACUUUUGCCGGCGCUGCAAAACGUCCCCAUGUCACAUGACAUUAAAACCUCACGGGAGCAAGACGGCUCAUAGGCGCCCAGUCCGGCGGCUGCAGUUGCAAUAAGCUCAUGCAGGUAGAAUGCGUCCGACUUGACGCCGCUGUUUUUAUACCCCGCCCCUGCAGUCGCCUGCAGCUCACGUUAGACUAUCAAGUCGUCGCAGUCAUAUCAAACGCACCUAAAUACAAUUUGUUCACUGGGAAAUAUGCUUAUUCUGCCCCCUAGUGGACAUUGAGAACAGACUUUUCCUUCGCUUCCAGAAUGUGUCACAUAAAGAAAAUAUUGCAGUGAAUUAACUGAAAUUGAAAGUUCUGUUAGCGCCACCUAGAGACCCACAUCUUAAAAAUGUAUUCCUGUGUUCUGGUGUUUUGCCAAACUCUUCUAAUUCCCAACUCGUCACAAAUGAACGCUUGGUCAACACCCUUUGGCGUUGUUGUUGCACGUGUAGGUCUCCACGUUUAGGUUAGCAAUAACACAUAUGCAACGUCCAGACUGACUUCAGAAUAAAACUAGUGGUGAACAUUGUUAAAGGUGAAGGCACUUGGUUAGGUUUAGGAAAACAUCAUAGUUUGUAACAUAACUGAAAAAUAAUCAAUGCUGACAUUUUGUUUCCUAAAGAAGAAACAAAGACUGAUCUCCUGGGUUGGUUUCUGACUCACUCAUCCACACCAACCACUUCUUUACUUGGACUUUUCUGUUAUUUAUAAAUGGCCUACUUUUAGCAUUGACAAUGACGCUAAAUGGCUUCCCCCAGUGCGUUGAACGAUGAUGUGGUCGUUCCAUAGCCGUUCAGAAGAGCCAUAAACACACAAACUAGUUCGUUUCAAACAUACACGGCCUCAAGCUCUUCCAGGAGUGGAGCCAAAAACCGUCUUCUGGAGACCAUGAAUGUCUAGACCACAUAUGAUCUCUUUUUGGCCGAUACUUGAGGAGAUUCGUAUGGACAAUCUGCGGUUCCUGACCGUCCGAGGGGCAAAAUAAACGUCACUAGCAACUGCAGCUGGGUCUGCUUGAUUUAAAUAGGCUAAACAAAAUGACCCACAACUGGGCUGUGUAGACUUUGCGAAGGCUUGAGCAUGUUUACCAUUUAUUCAUCAGGUUAUCUGUACUUCUGAUGUGACGAGAAUGCAGCUUUGGCGGUUUUCAUGCAGCACCGAUCUGUUAGCUGCCUUAGGGUUAAAGUGUGUUGGUGGUUCAACAGAUCAUCACCUCAGCCCCUUUUCCACCAGAUGAACUUUUCCCCAUUUCAAGAACCCAGGAACCUUUUCACUGGAGGAACCUUAUCCCGGUAUUAAUUCCUCAGCCGCAGUUCCUACCUCAGUAAAAAGUCUCUGUGGCUGAGGUUGUACUUUUCAGUUAAACUUUGUAAACUGCUGAAAUUCACAGUUUUACAUGACUGAACAUCAGUGAUUGGUCAAACGCAAGAUCAGCGAGAAUCAAAAAGGAAAACACAGGUUUAUUACAAUUCAUAGUUUUCACAUGACGUCACAUUCCAAGGAAAUGCUCCCUUGGAGGGCAAAAAAGAUGUUAAUUUCUGCUGCCCGCCAGGAAGCAAGUGACACGCAAAAGACUUUGAGUUCGUUACUUUUGCAUAGCGUUAAAAUUCUGGAUGGUUGUUGUGCUUUCGGAUGCACUAAUCGACGAGGAGACAAGCCUGAGCUGUGUGAGGUGAGGGAUUCCCUACAAGGUAGACGUAAACAUUACCAAAGUCGAGCGCUGGCAGGGACCCGGCGGUUUUAACACUUACAAUUUGUGUCCAUAUGUUUUUCCGCUCUUCCAAAUGAGUUUUCCAAACCUGUUUUACACCUGAUGUUUGUUGCUGUUUGAUCCAUUUUAAAGGGCACUAUUUUCUCAGCCAGCCUACUACUGUGAGUAAUGUGUAAGUGAGAGCGAGGGUGAUAGAAGGUGAAAUUGUUAGAAAAUAUUGAUGAUAUAUUUAUAUUGUGGUGGGCUUUUACAAAUAAAUCAAGUAUGGAAAACACCGGAUGAGGGAGUGGUUCAAAUUAGCAAAAUUACAGACUUCCUGAAUGUGUCACGCCUUGACAAUUUUUUGUCUUAGUUGUAAAUGUCUGUCUGGAUCUUAGAGCCUCAUGUGAACUGCAUUUCACUCAGUGCUCACGGCCCUAAAAUCAUGCACAGACAAUAGAAGUUCCUGGUUUCUUGAAGGGUCAUUUGGAUUCUUUGGUGGAAAAAGGUUGAAAUACUUAGUAGCCAGUUUAUUGGGGUAAAUUUAAACAGCUCAUUCCUCCUCAGAAGAUGAGCUGUUGGUGUCACUAACAUCUGGUAAAAUUAGCUUUUGGGACUCAUUGACUGUAACUGCGUAGGAACCAUAGAAAAGCUCUGGGAGAAGCUGUGAGCUGCUUUUUAUUGUAGGUGGCAAAUAGAACCAGCCUUACGUUUGACAAACCAACCAGUCAGUCCAAAGCAAAGUAAGUUUCCAGGUGCAACAUCUUCAUCACCGUGAGUCACGGUUUUCCAAAUGUUUUGCAAGACAGAAGACUUUGGACUGAGGACUGGCUGCUUUGGCAAAUGCACAUGUGGUUAACGAGGUGGGGAGGUUAACCACCAGGUUAACAGCACACAGCCACUUCACCGCAUCUUUCUAUGAGAAGCAUCUUUGACAGUCUCCCACGCACUGGAUAAGAUAAACCCAGUUUUUAUUUCUGUUUUUGCAGUUAAAUCUACAAAUUCACAGUAUGAUUUAAUAAAGAGUAGGAAUGAUGUCAUAACAUUUUUUCAUGCAUGGGCCAGCAGUGUAAAACUGUCUGUAUGAUGUGGACAGCUAACAUAGGAAGCACUGUAAUAAACCUGCUACUGAGAGCAGUUUGGAACUAGCUAAGAGAAGGAGAACCACUGUGACGAACAAGAUGCGGUACUGAUACGAGGGAAACCUCAGACUGAUGUGGAGUUAAGUUUUCUCAAUGUUUGAACUGAUCUGAUCAGUGGGACUGCUGACUGGAAAUCUUUACAAGCUUUUUAUUUUGCUUUGUAUGUUAAUGCUGCAGUGUCAGGGACUGAAUGGCAUUAAAUGUUUUAAAUGAUGUUUGUGUCGGCCAAAUAAAGUUUAUACAUUUUUAA